GAGGGAGGGAGAGAGAGAGAGCGAGUGAGUGAUUUUUAAAUCGCCUUCUCUUCGGGGCGAUGGAGGGCUUUGUGGCGGAGUUGGUGUUGCUGUUAGCGGCAUGUGGUUUCGUGUCUGGCAUUCAAAUUUACACUACAUCUGAAAUGAUUGUUGAAAAUGGAACCAAUAUCAGAUUGUCAUGUACAUUCAAGUCUACAUCAAUAAUUGGAGCCUCUACAUCGGUCUCGUGGUCUUUCACACCAGAAGCCAGUGAAACAGCUGUGAGAUUUUUCCAGUAUUCUGGAGGAAAAUUUUUUGUAGCACCUGAAUCUCGAUUUAAAGACCGUGUUACUUGGCAUGGCAACAUCAACAAAAAAGAUGGUUCCAUUAAUAUAGCAGAUAUUAAUUUCAAAGACAAUGGAACUUUUGCCUGUGAUGUGUCAAAUCCACCUGACAUCGGUGGAACCACUGGUAAAAUCCGCCUAAGUGUUGUUGAAAAAGGCUCCCUCCCUUAUAACAUGACUGGAAUCAUUGUUGGUGCCGUCAUUGCAGGAAUUAUCAUUAUUGUCCUUAUUGGUAUCGUUGUGUACUGUGUCAAGAAAAAGAAAGGGGACAAAAGAAAUGGCUACAUGGGCUCCAUAGAAAUUGUCUCACCAACCGAAGAACCGCUGAAGAUGUCAGCAGAUACCUUCGAGUCAGACUCAGUGACUCGUGUUUCUGUUGGCCCACGCCAGGGCCCGAUAAUUUAUGCAGAACUUGACCACUCUGGAGGAAAACAGUCAAAGAAGAUCUAUAAGUCUGAGCGUGUGGUUUAUGCUGACAUUCAGAAAUCCUGAUAUAAAAGGACCACAUAUUUGUAACAUCAAGGAGCAAUUGAUCCCCUGGAAAAAGAAACCUUACACAAAUUCAAGUAGAGAUAAUCUGGUGAUAAUGUGAGCCCAUGUUUUUAACCAUGUUUGUAAUCAUGAGAUAUUACGAAAUGAGAUUACUAUUAAGAAAAUGUAUUCAAUUUGGUAUUUAAUGUACUUUUUAAAAUAUUGGCUAGAUACAUCCCUGCCAUUUCUGUCUUAAUGUUGUCAUACAUGGUAAUUAUUUUUAUUUUUAUUAUGAGCUACAACCUUGUUUUUAAUAUGACUGCUAUUUACCAACUUUAUGAAAAAGUCCCUUCACAACAGAAGGACUGCGAGUUUGAUGAUGCUCUUUCUAAAAACCAAAUUCAUAAAGCUCCUUGAUGUCUGCAUCAAGAUUAUUGACAUUGUAUGUUGUCUGCUGCUGCUGCAAAAAAAGUGUAAGCCCUUAUGUUACUGAUACUUAUGUUACUGCAAGAAUAUCAGUAAAGUACUCACUGGUAUAUCCAUUGGUAUCUCCGCUAUCUAUAGUGGCGGAAAUUGAGUACCAUAACUGUAGGACCUGCACGUUUUUAAUCGUGAAAUAUUAACUUUGACACUGCCAUGUUGAUGAAACAAAACUGCUAUCCAUUUUGGUUUGCAUUUGUCUUGUAUGAUCGAUCCACUGUUUUACAGUUCACUGAGACAAAGAAUGUUAUAACAUUGUAUAUUUUUCAAAACAGGAUAAAAUGCUACAUAGAAACAUUGGGAUCUUUGUGGUGGUAAUAACAUUGUGCUUUAUUUUGAGGUUGCAUUGCAAUUUAAAACUGUGCCUUUAGAGAGAUUGUAUUCAUCAUAUUGGAUUUGUAGCAGGAUUUAAUGUAUACAGCAAAAAGCAUGAACUUCAUUUAAUUUAUUACUUGCUCUUACCAUUAAAUUUAAAUACAUUUAAUCAAACAAUUUCAUUUAAAACAUGAAAUUUGGAAGAUUUUACUGCCGGGCAUAUGUGAUGUAUAUAUUUUAACUGUCCACGCUAUUUUUCAAUGCUCUGAGUUUGGAUAAUUAAGGGAAUGUUUUACAUUUGAUGUACAGCAUAUGGGUUUAGAGCCUUGUAGGUUUUAGAUGGUGGGCUUUUAGCUAGUAAAUUUGUAGUUGUUCAAUCAUUUUUUUAUAAAAUUGUCAGUGAAAUUCAAAGCCGUCAAUCAGGGCACAUUCACACCAUCUGUUUUCAGGUAAACGGACUGCCCUUAAACAUAAGGUACCGUAAAAUCGAUUGUAUUUAACGUUGUGUAUUUGAGGACCAGGGUAUCUUCUAAGUAAGAUCAUUCAAAUGUGAUUUUUUUUCUUCAACGAGCAUCAAACAUUUCCAACUUUUAUUGACUCAUAGUAGAAAUGUACCCUUAUGCGCAAUGCAAAUGGCAUUUAAGGGAGCAAGAUAAAUCAAUUAUCUUGAUUGAUUUACUGUUGAAACAAGCUGGUUGAUGUAUUCAGCUAUCAUUCUGCUGCUGAUUUCUUGGUGAGGCCCAGCAAGUGAACAUUGUUAACUUAAAUAAGCCUUGCGACGAGAUCAGUUUGACACUACUUGCAUGGACCAACAAAAGUACAAAUAUGUAGCAAGAAAGGUCUAGGAUGGAGUUCACUUUUGUUGGAACUCAGUGUACUAAAUGAUUUCACGUCUGAUUGUUCCAGUGCAAUGUAAGAUGCUUUAUUUGGUCUUGUUUGUGAUAGGUUUCACGUUUGAUUAAUACAGGACUAAAACUGGACAGCAAAAAGCAAUUGUCGCUGAUUACUCUUUUUGCAUCAGGUGUUUAUUAUAUUGCACAAAUACAGCCUUUAGAAUUAUUUUCCUCCAGUAUAAUUUCAGGGGCUUCUUAAGCCGCAAUUGAAAACUGAAAGUAUAUAAAUCCUACCUGCUUCACAUUGCUAUACUGCAAUAUUAGAUUGCUGUAAGGCUCUUUAUACUGUGAGUUCAGCUCACUCACUAUGACUGUAAAGAAAACCACUAUGACUAAAGAAAUAAAGUUUGGGAUGGUUUGAUUACUGGAAUAUCAACCAUAACACAAGAUAUAUAUGAGACAUUUGAAAUAAAAAAAACUAAUCUUC